CGUCCCACACGUUUGCCGUUUCCAAACCAUAAAUACAGACCCCGGUCCAAGACAUUAUCGCACACAGACCUACCGUAGCUUUGCUCCCUCUCCUUCCCCCGACGAACGCACGCUCCCUGUGCCACACGCACACACGCCGUUCUGCCCGCCUAGCUACCUAAGAAGAGCAAAUUAACCAAACCAGUAGCACUACACCGGCUGACCGGCCGGCUUAAUUCGACCGGCAAUUAACAAUGGAUCAAUCGCGGGUGGUGAAGCCAGCCGGGCUCUCCGACAGCCGCAGAUCAGGCUACAACAUGGGGGCAGCGGCGUCGGGCAAGCAGCAGCAGUUGUCCGUGGACUGGUGCAGCGUGGCGCUGCGGGUGUUCAUCCUGGCGGCGACGCUGGUGUCCGCCGUGGUGAUGGGCGUGGACCGGCAGACCACCACCGUCCAGGUCACCAUCGCCGACACGCUGCCGCCGCUGCAGGUGCCCGUCACCGCCAAGUCCUCCUACUCCUCCGCCUUCGUAUACUUGGUGGUGGCGAACGCGAUGGCGUGCGUGUUCUCGGCGGCGUCGCUGGCGGCGUGCCGCAGCCGGAGCGCGGUGGUGCCGGUGAUGAUCGGCGACCUGGUGGUGCUGGCGCUGCUCUUCUCGGCGGUGGGCGCGGCGGCGGAGUUCGGCAUCCUCGGGGAGCGCGGCAACUCCCACGUGCGCUGGGGCAAGGUGUGCCACGUCUACGGGAGGUUCUGCGAGCGCGCCAUGGCCGCCGUCAUCGUCUCCCUCAUCGCCGGCUUCGCCAGCCUCGUCAACCUCAUGCUCGCCAUCCUCACCCUCCACAAGAACUCAUCCUACUACUAGCUUCAUUAAUUACCUGCCUCAUCUAGCUCCCCUAGCUGCUGAUUUGUGCGUGCAUGUAUCGAUCGAUUCGAAGAUAUGCAGAAUGCAGAUAGUACAUCCAUGGUACUCUGCUUGAGUUGAUCUCCAUGAAUAUUAUCAAACUUUCUUCAGACCUGUGUACGUUUGUGACGCCUCAUCGGCGCUCCAUGACACAGUGAACAUGUGCUUGCACAUUAUCUUUGGUGAAUAAAUAAAUGAAACAUUUAAUCGCCAAAAAAAAUGAAUGGAGCCGGGAAUUCUGUCACUGUAAAAUAAAAGGUUCGGGGU